UCCGAAACAGUCAGCAUUCCCAUCUCCCACAUAGAUGAUGUGAUGGACAUGGUGGAUGUCAUUGUUGAAGGCAGUGAAGGCUUGGAUGAAGAAGUUGGCUUUAAUCUUGAUGAAGAUAUGAUUUCUCAGACGUUUCCUUUCAGUGCUGUGGUUCCAGCAGUACUGGAAGCCAGGAGUAGGAUUCUGACAUCAGAGAAGAAUGAACAUGAAUGUGUGAUCAACUAUCUGGUAUCUGUCCUGACUGACAUACUACACACCCAACGGGACCCACUUCCCCUUUGCUUGAUACUCCAGUCUUUUGAUAAAGAGUUACAGCCCUCAGACGUUGGCUACAUUGAGCUUCACAACUUUUACAACUAUUACAGUCUGUGGCUACCGCCAUCUGCCAGAGAGUCUCCAUUCCUCAGAGAAGAAACAUCUGUGAUGGAGAUUCCAGAACAAGAUAGUGGAUCCUCAUUUAAUUUGCUGCUGAAGAAGACUUUUGUGCACGGGUACACGGAUGAUGACUCUAGGCAGAAGCUGAAAGACUCCAUUUCCCAGACCCCACAGGAGGAGCUGCCACUGACUGUGAAACAUACACUGCUCUGCAUCAAGACUACUGUAGAUAACUUCAGCAAGUAUAAAAAGUCUACAGGCUCAGGGUUGAUUAGCCUCUACCUGGACCUUCUUGGCCAUCUUCUACGCCAGUACCAGCAGGUAGAGGACAGCCGGAAUGAGAACAAAGAGGAAAUGAAUGAGGAAUCUGAACUUUUUCUUGAAGGCAGCAACACACUGGAAUCUCCUGGGAAUACGAUUCUAGACAUCAUGUUGUCUGCAAUCUUCAAACACCCCAUUUUGGAAACCUGGUUUCUGGCUUUACAGCGCCAGUCUGUCCCCCUUCACAACUUGAACCCUGUCAGUGUUAAACUUCUCUCAUCUGCCAUGAACAAGGGACUGAUCCAGCUUCUUAAAUCCAGUGCUCCUCUGCUGCAACAAAGCGGCAAUCUUCAUCUCUUGUCCAAAUACUUUGAAGCAAUCUCAAUUAGUGUCUUAAAAGAGUUAGACGUGUGCAAGAAGAGUCCAAUUAAACUAUCCAAUCAGUUGGAAGCUUUACAGAGCCUGCAUUCAUACAUGAAUACCACUCAGCUGAAUCAGCUCAUUAUUGCUUUUUUGAAGCUUCCAGAAGAAUUUUUACUGGUGGACAGUGAAGAGUCCAUACAUCAGCAGCAGUUG